GACGGAUUUAUAAACGGUUUGGUUUCUUACAAACGUUGUUAACGUGGCUACAAUUCUGGAUGUUUCAACAUGUUAGAAUUGCAGCUUUUCUUUAUCGGGCAGCAUAGUUGUGUGUAUGUAAGGCUGAGAGCACCAGAUCUAAGUAAAGUUGCACAUGACUUCCAAUCAGGUUGGUUUGCUAAAAAACAUCUUACAUAUUGAUUCCUACAGGAAAGUGCUGAGUGAAGAUGCCAGACUUUUGUGCAGCCUACGGAUGCUCUAAUCGGCGUGGUGUUGAAAGCAGAGCCCGUGGGAUCACCUUUCACCUGUUUCCCAAAACCAGAGAGCGGAGGAGGAAGUGGGAGCUUGCCCUGAGGAGGAAGGGUUUUGCUGCUGCUGACCGGACCGUGCUGUGCAGCGAGCACUUCAGAAGCCAGGACUUCGACAGGACGGGCCAGACGGUCCGUCUCAGAGACGGUGUGGUGCCGUCCAUAUUCAACUUCCCAGCUCAUCUUCAAAAGUCAAUAGCAAAAAGAACCACAACCACUUCCAGAAGAGCAGAAGACAACCUGCCAACGGGCUGGUCUCAGGAUGCACCUCGACCUGAUGCUCAGGGAGCCACAGGACAGAGGGGUCAGUCCACCGACCACUUAUAUGCACUGCCUGCUUGCCCAAAGGCUAUAAAGGCCAAACUGGAAGAGGCCUCAGCCAGAGUGAGGAAACUGCAGCGGGAGAAGAUGAACUCCUUGAGGAGAGAGAAGAGGGCCAAGGACAACAUGCAGGCUCUUCUGGAGGAACUGAAGGAGAAAAAUCUCAUCAAUGAAGAGCUGAAAGACAAGCUUGACUGCUACUCAGACCUUCCGGUUCAGCUCCUGUCGAGGCAGGGCGUAGAGUACACCAAGGCCCAGAGAGAUUUUGCCCUCACACUCCAUCUGCAUGGUCCACAGGCAUACAACUACCUGAGAGAUACGCUGCAUAUUCACCUGCCACAUCCCAGUUCAUUGCAAAGGUGGCUGGAAUAACAAGCCCAAUGCCGGCCAGUUCAGGUCCGUCUUCAGACAGCUGAUGGCCCAGUGUGGAGUUGUUAAACCAUGCUGAGGCAACGUGACAGCGCAGGAUGACGCGGAGUCCCUACCAGCCGUCAUCGACCCUCUACAAGCCUGUCAGCAUCAGAUAUGUCCUCCACAGCAGGAGGAGGAGAUCUUCCAUCCAUCCCCUUUGAUGGUCUUGUGGACAACUCUUGUGCACAUUUCAGGAUUUGUUGUGCGACGGGCACUGAGGCAGCUCUCCUGUGAUGUCUGCCGUGCCAGCCUGGUGACAGACGCUGCAUCUGCCAUCAAGGACCAGAGCGACCACCUGCUGUGUCUAAAAACCCAUGGAGGUCUGGUGGUUCCAUCAGAAGGCACAGUGAGGGUCGUCAGGGCAGCAGAGUGGCUCAUUCGCCAGGCAUCACGGUUCAGACCAUCACAGCCCAUCAGACUGCUGGAGGUCACGUACGUGGUACAGAAGAGGAUCGGGGAGCACAUGGGCGACCUGUAGUAUGGCGUAGACAGCCACCACCAUACGCUGUUAACGUUAGUCGUGUCCCUGUUUUCAGAAACCUUGCAUCUCUCUCUCUGGCUAGUCUGUGCACAAGGCUGCUUCUCUCCCCUCAGCGUUUUGGCUUUCUGUUUGGUUUUACAGGACUGAUCUUUGCACCACACUUUUGGUUCCCUUCCACUUACUGCUUUACACAACACUCCCCCUACUUAAUAUUCUUGUUUAGUUAUUGUUAAUCCUCAUCAUGUAAUAAAUAUGAUUUAUUAUGUUUAA